GUGCAGUCUCCAAAAACGUGACGUUCUACACAAACACUCAUCAGAAAUGACUUCGACACAGGAAUUAAAAGACGUUAUCAAAGAGACCUUGGAAAGCCAUGGGACUCUGGGACAGAUUAAGGCCAGGAUAAGAGCUGAAGUUUUCAAUUCCUUGGAUGACCAUGGAGAAGCUAAACCUCCAUUGAGCAGUGAAAACAUGAUAAUCAAUGAACUUAUUAGAGAAUAUCUGGAGUUUAAUAAAUACAAAUACUCAUCAUCCGUGUUAACAGCAGAAUCUGGUCAGCCCAAAGAGCCAUUAAACAGAGAGUUUUUAGCGAGAGAAUUAAACAUCCGAGAAGAUCAUACAUCUAGUUCAAUUCCAAUGCUGUACAGUAUAGUGUCACAUUACAUAAAGGACAAUAGAUCUGUGUUAGCCAAGUCUACUCUGAGAGACAGGUCGUCAGCACCUCAGAUAGGAUCAGCCUUCAGAGAGCAAGAUGAGGAUGCUGAGCAAGGAAUUGUGGUAAGAGGCGGUACACGUUGACUCCAGUAAAGGAUGGAUGUACUCUGACUAGAUUACCACAAUCAUCUCUUAAUCAUCAUUGUAAUGGAUGGGGAGUGAUAGUGUAGUAUGGUGUAUAUAGACAGAUAAAUUAAAAAUAAAUCUUAGCAAUUUCCGUUCAGGUGAAUGGAAUGGUCCAACAUAAUGUUCUCAGAGAUUUACCUAAGUUAAGUUCUGUACUGAAUCUCCUGUAAUAACAAACCACGAUAUCCGUCCUUGUUAUGCCUUUAAUUGAAAUAUUUCUUGUACGACAUGUCUAUAAAUAAAAAUAGUAAUGAAACCUGACAAAUGUUGGUCAAAACUCUACCGAAACAUUUUGACCCAAACUGAUCUUCGAAAAGUUUAAUAUACCACUAGGUCUGUUGCAAUUUCUUAGUUAAACAACUUUUGCUCAACUACGAUGAGCUAUAAGCUUUGAUGAAGUUAUCCACGGACACUAAAAAUGACUUCUCAAUUCUCAUAGUUUAAGUCUUACAGAAAUAUUCAUUGCAACAAGUAUCGGGAAAAUGAAAAUGUAAAGUUUCAUUGAGAACUCACAUUCCAAGCCAAUUGUUGUUGCAUCAAGAUGUUUAGCAUAAACUGUUUGUGUAGUGUUACUGUUAUUUAUGAAGCUUACAAUGUACAUGUAUGAAAUUGACAAGAAAAUAAAUUAUAUAUGUAUUAUUAAAGCAAA